AUGGCCUUUUCGCUACGCAUAGCAAGUGCAGCUUCAAUCCAGCAUCAACCAGGCUUCAGGUUUACACCUACUGACGAGGAAAUCGUGGUGCAUUAUCUGCGCCCUCGUGCAGUAAAUGAGCCAAUUCCCUCGGCCGUUAUUGCCGAUGUGCAAAUCAUGAACCACAAUCCGUGGGAUCUACUAACAGGUCAUCCCCACAUAUUCAAAUCAUUUUUUCACAAGAAACAAAUCCGCAUUUUGUAUCUUUUAAUGUCGUCUAAUGUGUACUGUGCUCCUGCUCCAAACACAGAGGGAUCCUCGGAAAGUACCGUCAUUGGUGGAGUGCCUCUGAUGAUCGGGUUGAAGAGAACAUUGGUUUUCCACCUUGGGAAAUCAGACAUAGGUGAGAACACUGAAUGGGCCAUGCAGGAGUAUAGCCUUGCCGGAGCCAGCCUCACACCAUAUCAUGUGAUGAGGCCCAGUACGAUCUUCACCAAGAAAAAUGAUAGUCCAUCUGAAGCUCUUAGCAGUGUGAAGGUUCCAGUCAUGGUAUAUCCAGACAAAUCUUGGGUUGUCUGUCGUAUGUACAAGAAGAGGAAGCACACUCCAGGUGCCGUCGCUAAUGUUUACAGUACUGCUGAGGGAGGGCAGGUCCCCUUCUACAACUUCCUUGCGCAGGGGAAUUCCAUUGGAACCGCCAGCUCAAGCAGCCGCACCAACAUAUCCCUGGAGGGGGCAAAGGAUGGUGAGGAGGUUAGGGAAGGCUCCAACGUGAAGGCUAACACCAGUGAGGUGGGCAAGUGA